UGUCUGUUUUGUUUGAAUGUACUUUUAAAACUAAGUUUUGGAUUUAAACUACUUUUAAAACUACGUUUUGGAUUUAAACUACUUCGGAAUUUAUUUCGUGUGAACGGACUUUCUUCCCUUAGACGCCAUACGGUUUUACUCUCGUUACAGGUGUACUUUUAGUUGAUACGCGUGCGGUAUGACGUCAAUUGAGAAAACAAUAGAAGAAUCACAGGAUACCUGUACCGAUAAGGAAAUUGGGAUAAAUCCAAUUACUGGAAAUGACGUUCAACAUCACCUUGAGCCAAUAUCUCCAACAGCUGCGGUUGAAGACAACACAGAAAUAAAACUGGAGCAGGGAAAUGAGAGAAAACAACAAAUACAUGAAUGUAAUAAUGAUGAAGAACUACCAAUAGACAAAGGUUGGGCUUGGGUAGUACUCGCAGGAAUUACAGUUUUAGCGCUAUUAUUCGGCGGUAUAAUAAAGAAUUUUGGGAUUAUCUUCGUGGCGAUUCAGGACAGGUUUGGAUCCUCUGCCUCUCUGACAUCAUCCUUGGUCACCACACAAAGACUGACCAAUAGCUUCACAUCCUUGAUCACUAUGACUGUUGGAAUGCAAUUCACAUCCAACCGGAUAGCCGUUAUACUUGGAGCUUUGAUUCUCACCAUAUCCAAUAUUGUAUCCGCUUUUGCCACAGAUGUAAGAAUACUAUUUGCAUCAAUAGGAGUUCUUGAAGGUGUAGCGAAAGGCUUUAUUAUACCUACAAUCACGGUCUCACUUUUAGAAUAUUUCAACAAAAGGCGGGGACUGGCAGUUGGUUUGGCUUUUAGUGGAUCUAGUCUUGGAGGUUUGAUAUUCGCUCCAAUAUUUGCCGAGUUGCUCGAUAACAUUGGUUAUACCAGAACUUUAUUGAUUGUAGCUGGGAUGACAUUUUCUUUUCUGGUAACAGGUGCUUUAUUACGGCCUAUUAAAUCGUUUGAAAGACAGUCAUUGAAACACAAUGAAACAAAUGGAAACACAAAGGAUGAAACAGACAUCGAGAGCAGAUCUGAUACUGGAAAACAUGAAAGUUCUCUGGAAAGUAUACAGAACAAAUCUAAUGAACAAAACUCCUUUCUUUGUAAACUAAAGGCAGGCUUUGAUAUGAAAGUGUUCAAAACUUUUGUAUUUCCGGUAUUUCUGCUAAUGGCUGCCAUGUUAGCAACAACAACUGAUCUACUUGUCAUGUUUUUAGCGCCAUUUUCUGACGAUAUCGGUCUAACUGCUGAUCAAAUUGGUAUACUGAUGUCAGUUUUGGCUGGCGUUGGUAUGUUAUCCAGAAUUAUUUGUGCUUUAGUUGCGGACAGAGAAUGUGUGAAACGGACUACAUUGUUAGCUGUUUUGUCAAUGAUGGCUGGAAUAACUGCACACUGUGCCAGAUUUUUCAAAAGUUUCUCUCUGCUCCUGGUUAUGGCCGUAUUCUUAGGGCUAACUUGCGAGAUCUACAACUCUAUGUACCCAGUGAUACUUGUAGAAUACCUAACACUUUCAAAGACGAAGAGCUGUAUGGGAUUCACAGUGAUGACUCAGGGAAUAGCCGUAGCUUCCACAUAUCCUCUCGUUGGUUGGUUAAGGGAUACUAUCGGAAAUUACUACGCCUCCUAUCACUGUCUUGGAACCAUGUCGUUCAUAGGCGCACUCUGUGCAUUUGCUUUGCCUUACGUUCACAGAAGAAGCAAAAAGAAAUCAAACCAUCACAUUCAUGUGGAAAAGAACACUGAAAUCGUCACUGUAUCAUCAUAA